AUGACCUCCAUGAUCAUGAUCAUGAUCAACCCCCAUUCAUCCUUCAAAACCCUUCCAUUUCUUCUUCUUCUCAUUCUUCAUCAAUCUUUUGCACUCACAACUGAUGGCAUUCGUUUACUUUCUUUCAAAUACUCUGUUUUAAACGAUCCUUUAGGUGUUCUAGACACCUGGAGCUACACCGACGCCACUCCAUGUUCAUGGCAUGGCGUCGUCUGUGAGAACACAUGUGUCACCGGAGUAUCGCUUCCUAGUUCGGGACUCACCGCCACCAUUCCCGCCAAUCUGGGUUCGAUUCUACACCUUCGGGAAGUGAACUUCUCGAAUAAUUCAAUCAGUGGGUCUAUUCCUUUGUCUUUGUACAAUGCACCUGAACUCGAGACUCUUGAUCUUUCAAACAACUUGAUGUCCGGCGAGUUUGAGUUCGUCGGAGGGUGGCGGAGCUUAAGGUAUCUUAACAUGUCUGGUAACUCGUUGACGGGAAAGCUGCCGCAGAAUCUUGCAGCGCUUUCAAACUUAACGGUGGUUUCUUUGACUGGUAAUCAGUUUUCCGGUGAACUUCCUUCUGGGUUUGAGUCUGUUGAAGUUUUGGAUCUGUCAAAAAACUCCAUCACCGGUUCGUUACCGGAAAAGUUCGGUAGUGGUGAUCUUGUUUACUUUAACAUUUCACACAACAAUCUUUCCGGCGAGAUUCCGCCGGAAUUCGCGAUCAAAGUUCCAAUAACUGCGACAAUUGAUUUGUCAUUCAAUAAUCUCAAAGGAGCAAUCCCCGAAUCCGACAUUCUCGUCAACCAAGACGAAGAAUCAUUCGCCGGAAACCCAGAGCUUUGCGGGAAGCCAUUAAAAAACCUCUGCGAAUCCUCCUCUACGUCAACCACCGGACCCAACUCCACAACAUUCACUCCAGCUAUCGCCGGUAUCCCUCAAUCGUUCCCCUCAACUCCUUCACACAACUCUUCAAAUUCAAAAAGCCGAUUCAAAACCAGCACGAUCAUCGGAAUCGUCGUCGGAGACAUCGCCAUUGUCGCAGUUUUAGCUCUGGUUUUCAUCUACAUAGUGAAAAAACGACGAGGGGCUCCAUCAAAUCGCCAUCAAGAUGAAGCUAAAGCUUCAAACAGGGAAUACGAUUGGGGGUCAUCAGAAGAAGAACACAAAUGGCUACGUUCAUGGGCAUGUUUAAUGAAGAGAAGAAACACCGGAGGAGAAGAUGAAGAAGAAGAAGGAGAAGAAUCAAGCCAAAACUCAAGCUCGGAAAACUCCGACACCGAAAGUAGGCCACCGGAAACCAUUAAACUCGACAAUCCGGUAAGUAAAGAUGUCGAAAAGAGGGGAUUGGUGACUGUUGAUGGUGGUGAAAAGGAGCUAGAGCUUGAGACAUUGUUGAAAGCUUCUGCAUAUAUAUUCUUGGCACCACUGGUUCGAGUAUAA